AUGGCAUUACAACCACGUAGUGCAAAUAUUUUGACGGAACCACUCGCACCAAAUGCUGAAUGGGUCCAUGAAAGUUCAGCCGAAGUUGAAAUUAAAUUAUAUCAUGGUCAUACGGGAGCAAUCAAUUCAUGCCAAUUGAUCGAAGACAAAAAUUGGCUUAUUACAGGGUCAAAUGAUAAUACAGCUCGUGUAUGGGAUUUUAAUAGUGGAAAGCAAAUUCAUCUAUAUAAACUUAAUCAUGAUAUGGCAGAUAUACCAGCCGUACGAAUGAAUCAACAGGGCACUCGUUUAUAUUCAUGUAGUUGGGACAAGACCAUUCGUUGUUUCGAUGUUGAAACAGGCAAACAAAUUUGGAAAGGUGUUCAUGAACAAAUUGUUACUAAUUGUCAAGUGUCGCUUGACGGCAAAUUAGCAUGCUCAGGAACUGAUUUAGAUAGUUUAGUCACAAUAUGGGAUGCGGAAAGUGGUCUUGUUACAAGUCGCAUACCGAAUGUUCACGAAUCAACAAUCACCAGUUGUCAAUUCAAUAUCGCUGGCGAUCGAAUCAUCACGACAUCCAUGGACAAAACAACGAAAUUUUACGAUCUUGUUUCCCAACGUUCGACUAUGACAUUGAAGGGCCAUGAAGGUUCGGUUUCACAAUGUGCAUUCAACAAAUUUGAACGCUUGUAUGCAACAUGUUCAUGGGAUAAAAAUGUUCUUCUUUACGAUGCUACAACUGGUAGCUUUAGACGCGAAGGUCCGACCAUAUUACCCAAAGUACAUGAAGGGUCAGUAGCGGCAUGUCACAUGUCGAAUAAUGGCAAGCUCCUUGUUACUGGAGGAUAUGAUCUGCGAGUUGUACUAUGGGAUUUAGAAGCAAUGACACACAAAAUUGUUCUACGUGGACAUGCAGAUUGGAUUAACGACGUGUGUAUGACAAGUGAUGAUAAAUGGAUUGUAUCGGUGUCUAGUGACUGUGAAAUUCGCUUGUGGCAUAUCGGAAAUUGCGAUAAUCGCUUAGUGAUGGACAAUAGUAAACUGUUGAAAAUUGUCAAUUGUCAUCGAUGUGGAAAGAAUUUCUCGUCGAACAAAAUCAAACGUGAUGAAAGUGAAGCAACGCCAGCAGCAUCAGCAGUACUUCUAUGCGUUUUUUGUCGUCUGGAACAAAAACAAACGGUCGCACCUACUCACACUUAUUCAUUAGAUGAUUAUGAUCAGCCAGCUUUCAAUGAAGCGAUACUGUACAAGUAG